AUGCGGGCGACACGAAUUGGACGUUGUGCGGGCAAGGGGGCCGUAGGUCAGCGGGGCAGGUAUGAGAGAAGGGGAUUAAAGAAUGGGUGCGACUUUGCACGUCUCGCUGCGACGGGUAUGUACCUUCGAAGGUACCGUUCCCCCUUCUAG